AUGCUGUCCGGGGUGCAGCCGUGCUUCCAGCUGCUCCGGAUCGGGUCGUCUUCGGGCGACUCGGCGCGGGACCUGUACACGUUCCGGCCGGCGCUGAGCCGCUCCGUGUUCCGUCUGGGCCGAGCGGCGGAGCUGUGUGAUGUCACGCUGGACUCGACCUCGGUGUCCCGCAUCCACGCCGAGCUGCACGCCGAGAGGGAGGCGGGCGGAGGCGAGCCGGCGCUGCAGGAGGAGGGCUGGACGGUCCACGUCAAGGACCGGAGCAGCCACGGAACGUGGGUGAACGAGGUGCGCCUCCAGCCGGGCCUCCAGUGGGAGCUUUCGGACGGAGACACGCUGAGCUUCGGCGGCCAGUCGGCGGCAGGAGGCCCCGAGUUCUACUUCUUCUUCCAGAAGGUGAAAGUUCGCCCGCUGGACUUCGAUGCCAUCACUAUUCCAAAGGCGGGGACGUUCUCCUCCGACUUGCAGAACCGCAUCAGGACCAGCUCGGACCGUAAAGUCGCCGCCAACCUGGACCUCUCCAAGCUGUCCAUCAACCGGGCCACCGUCAUCCUCAACUCCAUCGGCAGCCUGAGCAAGAUGAAGGGCAGCGCCUGGACCUUCCGGAGGAGCCACAGCCACGAGGGCACCGUGUCCGACCCCGGCGCCUCCUCCUCGCCUCCCCUCGCCGUGGGCUUGUCCUCGCUGCUCCCUCCCUCCACGCCUCCCACGUUUUCCUCUGCAGCGUCGGCGCCGUCGACCAAAUCCCUCCCGGUGACCUCCAGGAGCAGGAGGAAGUCGGCCCACACGGUGCUGCUGGAGGACGACAGCUCGGACGAACCCAGAAGCCGAGGAGCUCUGGUCGGGGUUGUGGAGGACGGACAGAGAUCGAGGGGGAAGAAGAGGCGGCGGCUCUACAAGUCGGAGUCUGAGAGUUUCAGCUCGCCUCCUCCUGCUCCUCCGCUGCAGCCUAAGAUCCACGGCGACGUCAGGAGGCCGCUGGAGGCCAAACCCUUCCCCGUGGGCAUCCGGACCAUCGGCAGCUUCCACGGCGCCAUGACCAACAGCCGGCUCAACCACCACCUCCUGCAGGCCUCCUUCACCAACGUGGCCGUGCACAAGCAGGAAGCGGAGGCCGUGCACCGGGUCAAGACGGUGGUUCGCGGCAACAUCGCGGCUUUCCGCCAGCAGAAACCCGCACACAGCUCGCCGGUCGCGCAGAGGGGCAGGCGGAGGGCCCACAGCUCCCCGGUGUUCUCUCCUCUGGUGGUGGGAGGAGAGAACUACAGCCUGGCCUCGCCCUCGGUGAGGAUCCGCACCGAGGACCGAGGCAGGGUGCAGUUCAACAGGUUCCAUCAUCCAGCAAGCAAGCGACGAGGCCGGCCCAGGAAACACCCUCCGCCUCCCCAGCCCUCCCUGCCCUCCCCAUCCUCCUCGUCCUCCUCCUCCACCUCCUCGGCCUCCUCCUCCUCCUCCGGCUCCUCAUCUUCCUCCUCCGAAGACGAGGACGACGAGGAGGAGGAGGAGGCGGCGGCGGUGGGGUCGGUGGAGCCGUGCGCGGCGCCGCGGUGCCGGCUGCCGCAGCAGGACACGGUGCAGUGGAUCCAGUGCGACGUGUGCGACGCCUGGUACCACAUAGACUGUCUGCACGUGGACCGCAAGAAGCUGCUCAUGGACCCCAACGCAGACUUCCACUGCGGCUGUCGCUGAGGAGUAAAUGAAAUUAAAUUCCCCACUUGAAACUCUCACAUUUCUCCCUUUAAAUGUUUGUCUCCUUCAGAGUUUUCGUUCAGCACACUCUGCUGCCCCGUCUAAUGGCCACUGAGCUGCUCCUGUCACCUCCGAAGCAGAGAGAAGCACUUUCUGGGAUCUCCUCCGUGCAUGUCUGAGGACCUUUUUCAGAGCUUUGGAGGGGAAAAAAAAAGGAGGCAAAACUGUCAUGAAACGUUUCAACUCCACUGCCUAGAGAGGUGUGGUCGGGGCGGGAAAACACCACGAAAUGUUUGAGUGAGGAGCUGCAGCAGGAAGAUUAAUGACAUGUGGCCGAUCAGGCUGCCACUGUUGGAGCGAUUAAACCCUCUUGGACGUCUUCCUGCCGCCUCCUACGCAUUUUUACUGACCAGGCCGAUUUUUUCGAGGCGGCGAAGGACCUUCAGCGAACAUUUACCUCUGCGAUAAUUAGACUUGGUUAAACAUCGGAGUGCAGCUCUCCCGGAGGGGGCGUGUGAGGCUUCAAGACAAUUAAAUGCCAAGAAAUGUGACAGCAGACGUGUGCUGUUGCUGCUCUCCAGAUGAUAAUCAGAUGUUUCAAGGCACUUCUUGCAGGAGCAGCUGCUGGAUAUUUUUAAUUUUUUUGGGGGGGGAAGGAAAGCGUCUGAUGGGACUGGAUUCUUCUAAGUGCAGGCUGACAGCGUGACUCAUUACAGGGAAAUGACAUGAAAUAUCGCCUGCUGAUGUAACAGGUUUAUAAAAAUGAUGAAUUUUCCUGCUUCACCUUUUAAACAACUCUUCUUCACACUACUGAACUUGGUUUGGUCCUGGCUGGAAAAGCAGCCGGACCGGGCCAGUUCACAGAUCUUCACUCAGGUGCUGCUUGAGUAUGAAAUCAAACUCUAAAGCACCUUUUUUUUUUAACAUUAAAUUUCUGCUCGAUGUAACUCACAACAAAAACCCAAAACAAAAAAACCAGUCUUUGUGUUUGAACAACCUGCAUCACUUUUCUCAUUUUCCUCACAGCUCUUCCUCUGAGCUGCUCAGAUAAUAGUGGUGUUAAAAUGAAAAAUAUAGUUUGUCUGUGCCGGUGUUUGAUCAGCACCGCUAUCUGCGAGCUUUUUAAGUGUGUUAAAAGUGAGACAGAGAGAAAAAAAACAUGAUUCUUGAGCAAUAAAAUAAGUAAAAAAAAAGUGUAAAAAGAAAAAAAAAAAGAAGCAUUUUAACUCGUUUGACUGAUAGCGUGGCUGCAGAAUUAAGAUGAAUGAAUGCUUGGAGUGCAGUCAGAUUAGAUUUUAUGUGAUUUCAGCCUCACUGAGGCUCGACUGGUUAAACAGCCGUCACGACAACGUCAGAAGGUUUGGGAGAGAAAAACAUCUGAUUGCUGGUUUUUCCACUUGGAUUGAUUCCAAAAUAAACAAAAAUGGCCUUUUUACCAGCCAAAAGGCUCCAAUUUCGCUUCAGAUAUUUGAAGUGCUUUGUUUGUGUUCCUGUUUAGCAGCAUUCUCACAUAUCACCGCAGUUGUAUAGAUAUUAACACAAUGACCUCAUGCGAUUACACAGGUUUUAUGGACCUGUGUGGUUCUGUUUAGCAGCGAUUGCUCAGAUUUAAAAUGAAAAAAGUCGAGUUUUCUCUGUUGAUCUCUUGUAUUUUUGUUCUGAAUGUCUUUUAAAAUGGAUUUUAUUGCAGUUUGAUCCUCCCAGUAAAGUUUCCAGUUUUUGCAUUUUCUGGUUGCAGUUCAUGUUUGGACUCCAAAGAUGCUUAAAUGCGCGUUUAAAUCUUUCUAUCUUCACUCAGUGCUUGUUGUUGUCGCAGCUCGUUGCGCGUCUCUUCCUGUUCCAUGUUGUCUGUCACAUAGUUGUCUUGGAAAGGUUGCUUUCUAUGUGUUUGUUGAAACAGGCAGCCGGUGAGAAAAGAUGGUUUCAACGUGUAAUUUAAUCGCUGACAAGUUUAAGUAGUUGGAGUGACGCGAAGUAAAUAAAAGUGGGUGGAAAUUACUCCGAAUGUUGAAAAAUCAAAGUUUAUUCACCGCUGCUGUUUCAGAGUUGCAGAAAUCAAAUCAUUUCCAGCUGCAGUGUGUGAUUGCAUCGAUGCUGUGAUAAAUAAACAAAUGCUGAAGUU